AUGUCUCCCGAAUUCUCGAUCUGGGAACUGGCACCGGUAUCUGGGCAAUCGAAGUGGCCGAGAAACGAUCUGAGCCCAAUUCAGCCUACAUGGGUCCCCCCGAAUCUCUCCUUUGAGGUGGACGAUUUCGAGUCCGAAUGGGAAUACUCCAAGCCAUUCGAUUUCAUCCACGCCCGCGACCUGCAAGGCUCGGUGUCCGAUUACGAUCGCCUCGUCGCGCAAGCCUUCAAGAACCUAGCGCCCGGCGGAUGGUUCGAAUUCGCAGAUGCCGACUUGCUUGUCUGCUGCGACGACGAUACCGUCAAAGAGGCAAAGAACAUGCUCGAGGUGAACCGGCUGGUAUGCGACGCCAGCGCAAGGUUCGGCAAGCUGAUGGGAACGGCCAACCAGCACAAGCAGCGCCUUGAAGAUGCAGGAUUUGUCAAUGUCCGCGAGGAGAUCUACAAGAUCCCUUUCUCACCCUGGGCAAAGGACCCCAAGCUGAAGGAGCUGGGCAAAUUCCAUCAGGUAAAUAUGAUAGAGAGUCUGGAUGCGUACAGUUUCGCUCUGAUGACACGGGUUCUCGGAUGGCAUAUCACUGAGGUGCAUGCCCUUCUGGCAGGUGCCAGAGCGGAAUUGCUGAAUCGUAACAUCCACAUGUAUGCUAAGUGGUAUCAUGUUUACGGCCAGAAGCCACAGGAUUAG